AGGGACAUAGGUGGUCCUGUCCUGUGAUACGGGUUCAUGGCCCGUUGGAUUUCAGACCGAACGACACGUGGAGUGCUGCUAGAUCUGCUGGACAUAUGCGUAAUUUUCAGACUCCUGGGGUGCCAAACCCUAACUUAAAGUGCGGCGGCGGCGACGGCGGCGGCGCGCAUACCAGACGGGUUAGCAAUCUCAACCCAAAAAAUGAGAGAUCGAUGGCUGCUGGAGGCGAGGUGCUGACGCCUCCUGAGUUCGCGACGGAAGAGAUGGUUCCUCCCGAAGCAGAGAUCCUGGGGAUGGAGAUUGCGUCCCUGGUGAACUUGCUGAGGGAGAAGCAGUCCGAAGUUCUUUCGCUCGAUCCUGGGACCGUGAGGAAAAUCAGGUCCCUGAGGAGCGAGAUCGCGUGCCAGAAGAAGGAGGUCAUGGCCGAUCAGGUGAGCAUGGAUCCGCCCAACUCCGGUACGCAGAUGCAAGGCGAAUCAAGCGCGGAGACGCAUGCGUCGAGGAUGAUGGACCAAGGCAAAAAAUCAAGCUUUAGGAUGGUGCUGGACUGCGAUGAGAAGGGUAGGCCCAACUUGUGCAAAUAUUAUGAGAUGCUCGAAUGUGAGAGUGCGAAAGAGGAAGACGAGGAGAUGACUGCGGAGGGUGUAAGGAUGCGUAACAAAUUCCGUAAGGAGCUAUUAGAGAUGGAACUUGGCUUACGCAAGUUCCGGGAGCAGAAUCAAAAGGACGCACUGAGGUGCGAGCAAGACCAAAUUGAUACACCGAGCUGUUACACAAUGGACGUGACCCCCUUCUCACUUCAGGACGAGGCAGAGGAGAUUGAGGAGGCGGAGGAGACAGAAUCCACAAAAUCAGACAGGGAGGAGAUAGAGAUGGAGGAUAAGAUGUUUGCUUUAGAGCGUAAAGGCUGGGAAUCUGCAUGGGGAGACGACUGCGGUGACUUCCAAGACAGGACCUUAUUGAGUCCUAUGCUCUUUACACAUUGCACGCCGGGGCUGAUCCCGUACGCUGCUCGCACUGUGAGCACCUUGCAAAUCUACUCCGUGAAGAUUGUUGGAACAGAUGGAAAGUUGAAGUUGCCACUCAACGUGUAUGGGAUCGUCGCUGCCCGAGAUGCCGUGGACUACAACCGCAACAUUCUCUUCUCCCGGCGAAGGGAAAACUGCCAAAAAGUCACUCCAGAGGAUCCUUUUUUGCGCUUGACUGGCCCGUCCCGUGCAAUUGUGGCUGUGGACCAUGUUGAUUUCGAAGUCCAACUGAAAGUGAAGGGCUUAUCAAGGUCUCGCGACAGAGCAUUGAUAAGUCAUUGCUUUACUUACGCCGGUGGUUACAAUGAAGGUUUACAUACCACAUUCUUCAGCAACUGCUUUUGCACGGUAGAGUUGAGCUAUGAGCGUCUUACAGAAACAGUCCAGGCUACUAUCUUGAGUGCGCGUGUUGUUGAAGGGACGCCUUGGCCUUUUAAAUAUGGCGGCCGGAUUAUGUGCUCCUCGCCACCACAGGAAGUUACGGACUCGCUAGCCAGGCAAGUUGUGUUGGUUGAUUCUCAUUGUUCUGAUGAUGGCGGAGAAAUGCCAAUGGGCUCAGAUGGUUACCUUGAUCUGUCAAGGCAUGUUGUUUCUGUAGAACUUGAAGAAAGCCUGCAAUUUGUCAUACAAGCCUACUCACAGUCUGGUGAUGCUAUUGCUAGACAAGGUAGUGUCAAGUUCAGGACCAAAUACUGCAACAUAAGUCAAGCGAUAUGUGAGAUUGGUGACUCUAAGGUGGAGAUAACUGUGGCUUGGUCCCAACUUCUUAAGAACAAGGGGGACAUCCUCUUUGAAGGACAUGUUUGAUGGCUCUUGUGCCGUGGAUGUUCUGGAAUCUGGACUGCAGAAUUAUUUGUCUUUGAUUAGUAAAAUCUGUCCUGUACCUGUUGCCCAAUUUUACCUGUUUUUGUCUUGCAUGUGGUUUACAAAACUGCAUAAUUAUUCCUCUUUGAUUAGUAUUAAUUAAUCUGUCCCAAUUAUUUGUA